AGGAGAUCAAGUGAAAGUGGCAGUCUUUCUACGUGAUCUAGUAUUGACGAAAAUUAUCUCGACGCUAUGCCUAGGCAACUUCCAUGAUUUUAGUUCGCCACAAACAUACUUCUUCACUUGGAAAGUUGAAGGUUUAUUUGCUUGUCUAGGGCUUCUGACACAACGAAAUCAGAAUUAUUCCGCAUUAGUAGAAACUUCGAAGUUAAUAUCCCCGCACACUAUGGAGCCGAUAUUCCUGUUGGUGCUUUUCGCCUGCUACCAGGGUGCCAACGUGUUGCUGCGUCGCUACUGUCUAGUGGACCCUGAAGAGAACAAGUUCCGCGUGUCGCAUCUCAUCCUCGUCGCUGAAAUUCUCCGUUGUGUCGCAUGCGUGAUUGCUAUUUGGUUUUUCGAAAAACAGCCGCGGAUAGAGCUAUUCCUUGCCGCGACCGGUGCUAGGCCGGAAGAAAGCGAGCCGUCGUGUUUUCUACCACGAGGAAGUAAACUUGCGGGCAAUUAUGGCACUGGGGAGGAAGUAAACUUUUCUCGUGUUAUCGACAUUGUCAGUUCAAGAGCGGAACAGGUUCGCAGACACGUUCGCGACUACUGGCGGAAGUUUUGGUUUCCGUCAAGAGGAGCUGCUGGUGCGAGUGCCGGUGACGAAAGAGCGGUAUCAUCAUUCGGAAAAGGUGCGACUACAGAUGAAGCAGCAAACAUGCAGAUAUCCGUACCCCCCGGAACCACGGAGAACCCGUUUCUCCGUAAUGUCCUGCCCCUCGCGAUCCCGGCCACGCUCUACGCAGGACAGAAUCAGCUGCAAAUUUUCGCGGUCGGCUGCCUGGACGCUUCCACUUAUACGGUGCUGAUGCAAACCCGAAUCUUCUUCGCCUGCGCAUUCAGCACGUUUUUCCUCUCGCGCAUCUGCAACAGUUACCAGUUACUCGGGCUGUCCACGUCUGCGGCCGCACUCUUUCUCCUCGUUUCGUCCUUCCCCGUUGACGUGGACACAACGGCUUGUCGACUUUUGCCCCAGUCCGCGCUGACGUCCGUCCAGGUUGCCGAGAUCGCGACGGUGUAUUGUGGGUUCGUUUCUGGAUUGUCCGGAGUUCUCCUCGAGACGUUCUUCAAGACGCCCGGCUGGUCGUUUUUUGUCCGCAACCUGCAACUAUCCGCGUUUUCCAUCCUCGUACUCGCGAUCUACCUUGCGACCGCGAACAACAAUCAGCAGGGCCUGCUCAUUCGCCCUCGCCCUCGGGAGCGACAGAGGAUGCGCCACAACGUGCACGAUGAUCUCAUGUCUCCUGUGUCUCUACUGAACGAGGACAAACGAAGCUUGUUCGAGCAAAACAGCAGUGCGGGAAUUCUCGACCUGCUGAAUCUUCUCACCAACAAUUUUUUCCACCGCUGGACUGUAAAAACCUGGCUGAUGGCGGUGUUAGAGGCGGGGAACACGAUUCUGCAUUCCUUCGUGAUCAAGCAACUGGACAUUGUGCAGUGCGACCUGGCGCAGGUGGUGGCGUUGUUGAUGGUGCUGAUCGGAAGUAUCGUCCUGUUCCACCAGCCUUUUCCUGGCGGUAUUCUCCUCCUAGUCUGGUGCACGCUCUUGCUCUGCACGGGCCUGUUUCUCUACAACCGGGGCGAGCUUUUUGAGAAGCUUCUGUCGAAGUACAGGUUGACUCCGGAAGAUUUGCUGGUUCUGUCAACGGCGAGCGAUACUAGCUCCACGACGCGUUGUUCGCCAGAAACAGAGGAAAUCGUAAGCGCUGGUGUAUUCACGGAAGUAGAAACAAACUCGCAAGACCAAACUGAAAUUUCAGAUGACGACGAACCACCGCUGAUCGCAACACCUGCGAAAAAUGCGGACGACGUUGAUCUUUUCGCACUUCCGCCUAUUUUGGAACAGCGAAUCUAUCUGGGCUCGAAUUUCGGACAGCCAGAAGAGACUCAGUCCGCUUUGUCCAACGAAGGCUUUGAAGACGUGAUCUUGUCAACGGAAGAAGAGGAAGAGAUUGAACAGGAGCUCGUCGUGAAGAAAAUGCCUACAACUUCAAAUCUUGCUCGCAUUGGUGGAGGCGGACACGCAAGAACUUCCGCGAAAUCACAAUAUUCAACAGCUCGAACCGCCAGCACGGCUGUCGGAUCGGUUUCGUCUUCUAGCAGCGCGUCCUCAAAAUCCGACGAUAUCUUCAGCGCUCCAGAAUCGGUGGAGACUGCGGCCAGCUCGUUCUCGGAUAGUAUCCCACAGCUGCAAGAAGUUCAUCAACUCCCCCGAAAGAUGACAAGCAAAGGCGAUCUGAUCGUUCUGCCUGCGAAGAAGAGCAAGGAGACUUCGUUGCGGGCAAAAUUUUCUCUUCUCCAGCACGCACCUCCUGCUCUUACCGGCGUCGACAGAGAGUUUCUCCUUUUCUACCGUACCACAUACAGUUUCGGCUUGAUGGCCUCGGCGCUGGUGUUCAUGUACCUUUUGUACGUUCUGGUUUUCUCCCUGGAGGCGAAAACGCCCCUCCGCGGGAAGCAUAAGGUGCUCAAACCUCUCAUCGUCGAAGGACAGCAGCAGGACAACGCCCUGAAGUCUAUUGUGGACGACACCGAAAAGGUCUCGGACUCCACCGCAGCGGCCGCCACGGCCAAAGUGAACAGUGCGGCAAGAAAUGGGACCACCAAAGAAUGGGACGUGCACUUCAAUUUUGAUCCCAGAAAUGUGAAAAGCGAUUUUGUUGACACUUCCAAGAAGUCCUCCUUCACGAAGGAUUGGCGGGGAACGAUGAAAAAGCAAACUCCUCCUGGCGCUUUAUCAUUACGGAAAAGAUUGAAACCGCGCUAGUCAAAGAAAGUAGUAGAUAUCUCACUUGUAGAAUUUUGCGAUACCGAACUGGAUUACAAUAUGUCACACAGCAGAUGAUCACCCGCGUCACUGCACAGACCUGUUUCAGUUUCUAAUGUCAUCAAGGGACAAAGUGUCGUCUCUAGAAUGCUCUUUCGCCCAAAAAGAUGUAAACAUAAAUGCACACCAU